UGGAACGCAAUCAGCUGAUUGAAAAUCGAAUACGGUGACUUUUUAUCGGAAUGUGAAGAAGGCCAAGGCAAUCUUCAUAAAUUCCGAAUACUGAGCGCACAAUAUUUUACAAUUAUCCAAACUGUUCGAUUUUAUUAAAAUUUUCGUGGUAACUUUUGUAAUCUUUGCGUUACAAUCGUACGUCACGGUACAGUGUAUUGACACGAAAUUUUCUGCUGGUGAACAAGUAACCUCUACAAUAAGAUUAAGAAUUUGCAUCUCCCGAAGACAUGGAAUCGCAAAAAAUUAACGAUUGCGCUUUAAGCGCAAGUACGAUAUUAAGAGCACGUGCCUCAACGAGUAACGAAGCCGAGAGACUGCGAAACCUCCAGGAGGACAAGCCCUCCAAGCUAACGAUCGGGGCGUUUUUCGAGUUUAUGCGAACCGCGUAUCAGGUUAACGACAGUUGCGAGGGUCUGGCCACGAUACUGAGCGCCAACAGCGAGAUCGACUGGCACGAGCUGGCAAAGAUUAAUCUGGACCUGGAGACGCGCAAGGACAAUAAACCAGUCAAUGACAGUCCUAAUACCGAAGAGCAGCAAAACAAGAGUAACGAUCCCAUACAAGCGUUACUGGCGCAAUUGAGUAACAAGGAGUUGAGUCUGUGUACGUCGGAGAGCGCGAUAAGCUCGCAGUCUUCCACGAUGUCUUUUAAUAGCGCGGUUUCUAACACGUGCAACAACAAGAACGCCUCCACGGAGGAAUCCGCCAGUGUGGAAAAUUCUAACAAAUGUUUAGAGACAGGGGACGGCAUUAAAGAGGCGAAUCAAUCGUCGGGUGGUGAUCAAGUCCCGAAUGAAAGGGGGAAGACCAAAGAGGAGGAGAGCGAGCACGGCUUGGCGAGGGUCAUGAGGGAAAAUCUGAGAGAUAUUUUGCACGAGGGAUUACUCGACUCCGUUCUGCCGUACAUGCUCCCAAAGACUGCCCUGUCGCAGCCCGUUAUCAAGAAGUCCGCUGCCGUUGCGGAUGUCAAAAAGAGUUCCUCCUUGAACAACGUAGUUGAAAGCAAGGCCUCGACUCACAAGGAGCGAGACAAGGAGAAAAAUAAGACAAGCAAGAAAUCGCUGGAGAGUGAGGUGGAAAUUCAUGUAUGCGACGAAGACAAAAAUAUCAGGAAAAACUUUCGAUGUCCGCAAAAGCUCCUCAUACAAAAAAUGUGUUAUUUCGCCGAUGUCACAGCGGGACAGAAGCUCGACGAGAUAGAUAUAUCGGUGCACUGCGACGUGGUCAUUUUCGACUGGCUGAUGAGAUGGGUGAAGAAGGACAUCAUAAAGAAAUCAGAGUGGCCGGUCUUAGAGGCGAAUAACGUCAUUCCAAUUAUGGUGUCCGCUUGCUUCUUACAAAUGGAGCCGCUUUUGCAAAAUUGCCUUCAGUAUUGCCACGACAAUAUGUCGGAUAUUUUGAAAACGUCGACAAUCUUGACGUGUCUAGACGAUAAUCUUCUUACAAGAUUGGCCGAAUUAUUUACCAACGAGGACGUUGAAAUACUGAAAGACAAGAAAGAUAAAAUUCAGAGCCGUUUGUUCUGUAAGUUAAUCAUGUCUCUAGUGGAGGCUACUCCAGAUAGCAAAAAGGGACAUUAUAGUUCAUUGGCUGUGAUGUUUAGAUGUGGAAAAUGCGGCAAGAAUGUUAUACAAUCGAUUUCCGAUUUUGUGCCCUGCGUGCCGAGCGCAAUGAAAAUCGAUAACAAGGGGGCUGUUCACAGCAAACACGUCAGAGAUUUGACUUGGACGUUGAACGAUUAUGUCAUUGCUUUGCGAUCGGAGUUGCGCUCUUGGCGCAAGGUGUACUGGAGAUUGUGGGGUGACUGCCACUUCUUGUUCUGCCAGCAGUGCAACGUGUACUUCCCGAUACAUCAGAUCGGUUGGUGCUGCUAUCAUCUGGAGCCUGCGCAGUUCUUCGUAAACGAGCAACAGAGGCCUAUGCCCUUCCCGCUGGGAAGAUACCCGUGUUGUAGUCAGUCUGCUUACAAAUUUGAAGCUUUGUCAAAUCCAAGUGGAUGUAGAUAUAAAGAACACGUUCCAGAUGUGAGAGGCGAGAAGGAAUUAAAUAUGUUAAAUAUUAUGACAGCGCACAGAGACGUGAUAACGCUGGAAGCGCCCCAGCUCUUCUUCCCCGAAAAAAUCACACGGCUGGUGACGCGCGACCCGUCUCUCCGUCUAGGCAAAUUAGUGUGCAAAGACACGAUGUGGUGGAACGGCAUAGAACUCGUGCCGCAGAGACCGAAACUUGGCCUGCUCGGAAAGAUCUGGGGAGGUUCGGGACUGCGUCGAUUGCUCCAAACGCAGGAUUCGCAAAAGUCACUGCAGAAGCUUUACCGGCGGAUUUCCGUGACCACCGACGUCUCGUCCCCUACUUCCUCGAACACGGACGAGGACGAUGAGGACGAGGGCGAGACUGUGUACGAGGACAGCAGCAUAGACGACGAAUCUUACUACAGCGAAGAGUCCAGUACGUUAGGCGCGUUGAAAUCGACGGCUAAAGCGAAGCACCAGAAUAGUCACAAGAGCAGCGGCAGGUGCUGGAACGGGAAUUUGAACGUGAGACACAAUCAAGAUAAUCAGAGAGAUUUUGAGGAGAGAGCCGCGGCGCAAAUGGUAGCUCUUCUGACGAAGCGAACGGUCACGGAGAACCUGCUUUCGAGAUACAAUAACAAGCAACAAUACGGCAAAACUAAGCAGCCAGUCGGCGGAACGUAUGUAAAACUGGAAGCAGAGUUUCGCGAACGGUUGGCCCAGUCUUGUAAAUACAAGAAUCCUCUAACGGGAAAGACUCGCAUUAAGUUAAAUAAAUCUUGAUUUGUACGUAGACACGGUUAAAGAUUUGUCUGGAAUAUGUCGAAAAAAAUUAUUUUGUUG